AUGUCCAUCGAGUUAAACAAUGAAUCGGAGAAUACGGCACAAUUUUUGAUAAGCGUCUUCAAGGCGCUGGAAACGCUGGUGCGACUGCAUUUGCAGGAUCAUCGUUCCCAGCCUCCAUUGCAUGACUUACUGAACAAGGUCACUCUGGCAAUCCAAAGCAAGGUGGAACUUGUCCAUGUGUAUCAAAUAUGUACUGUGUAUCCUGAGUCCUUCAUCGUGAGUCAGACGGGUGAUCGUGAUCUAGUGUUAGAGCUGGGUGCGGAAAAGACAGGAGUCACUCAGCGAAUCGCAACCUUUGAGAGGAAAGUGCGCGAAUAUAUGGCCUCCAAUCCUGGUCAGGAUAUCCAACUAAAGAAACGCGUAGUGAAAAAGGAGGCGUCACCGAAAAAAAUAGCUGCCAGCAAAGUUCUCAAAGGCUCCUCGGAUAAGAACAGUUUCAAGGAGAAAAGGGCAACCUCCGGGAAAUCACUACUGGAAAGAAUACGGGCUAAGGAAGAAUCCUCUAAAAAACAGGGCUUGGACCCAGCAUCUUUGAAAAUACAACAUAGGAAGCUCUAUAUUUCUGGCAAAUUAGAGGCGGUAUACGGCAUACUAUACGAUCUCUCUCCCAAGCGCAUUUCAGAUACAGAGCUGGCCGUGACCAGUCAUUCUCUGGGGAGUCUCAUCACCACAGUCCAGAACAGUUUUGCUUCGCCUAUGGCAGCAGUGGACAUUGAAGCCUCAAUCCAUGAACUCGCCAAAGUGCUGAAUGAUCCAAGCAAAGUGAAGGUAGUUAAAAGUGGAGAUGUCAGCAUUGUGAGGCUGGGAGCUUUGGAGCGCACAAAAGAUCUUGAGCUGUUAACGAGUAACUAA